GCACUUGACUUUGGUGCACAGAUUACAACCCCACACAGCUCCAGGGGGAGGGCCGUUUCGGCACUAGCCUUUUUUCACUCGCGCCGCGCGUGGACCGUCUUCAUCCCUCGCUUCCUAUUUUCCUUCAUUUUCUCAGCUGCCAAACGCCCCGGCUACAGGCAAUCCCACGUUUCAGGCUCAAGCAUUCACUUGAAGGCGUGAAACAGAGCUAAGCGUAUAGGAUUCGGAGGAUCGGAAAAUUUCGAUUUCUAGUUAGGCGAUGGCUUGGAAGAGUCUAAUCACGCAGGCUUCAAGGCAUCAAUCAGAUUGGAGGCAGUUAAAAACUUUAUUGACUAAAACCUAUUUUUCUGCAAGCAAUUCGAGAGGCAAUGGAGUGAAUAGGCUUCUGGGCAGUCAGCAGAGGUUUAGGUCAAGUUAUAUUAGCAGUUUUGGUCGCCGAGCACGUGCUGCAGAUGAAGCAAGUGGAUAUGCAAAUCUUCGAGAGCUUUACCGCCAAAAUGAUCCUGAAGCUGUGAUCAGAAUAUUUGAAAGUCAGCCAUCUUUACAUUCUAAUCCUUCAGCACUCUCAGAAUAUGUCAAAGCAUUGGUCAAAGUUGACAGGUUGGAUGAAAGUGAGUUGCUCAAGACAUUGCAGAGAGGUGUUGCUAACUCAGCAAGAGCUGAAGAAAGUAUAGCUGGCCUUUCAGCUUUACGGAAUGUGGGGAAACCUACAAAAGAUGGUGCCCUUGGAACUGCUGCUGCUCCUAUCCAUAUGGUGACUGCAGAAGGAAGUCAUUUUAAGGAGCAGUUGUGGCGUACAAUUCGUACUAUUGCACUUGGUUUUCUGUUGAUUUCUGGUGUAGGAGCACUUAUUGAGGAUAGGGGAAUUAGUAAAGGACUUGGUUUACAUGAAGAAGUUCAACCUAGCAUGGAAUCUAACACAAAAUUUAGUGAUGUAAAGGGUGUUGAUGAGGCAAAGGCAGAGCUUGAAGAGAUUGUCCACUACCUCCGAGAUCCUAAGCGAUUUACUCGACUUGGUGGCAAGCUUCCAAAAGGUGUCUUGCUUGUUGGCCCACCUGGCACUGGAAAAACUUUAUUAGCAAGAGCCAUUGCUGGAGAAGCUGGGGUACCCUUCUUCUCAUGCAGUGGUAGUGAGUUUGAAGAAAUGUUUGUUGGGGUGGGAGCCCGGCGCUUGAGGGAUCUUUUUGCUGCUGCAAAGAAGCGAUCUCCAUGCAUUAUAUUCAUCGACGAGAUAGAUGCCAUCGGAGGAAGCCGUAAUCCUAAGGAUCAGCAGUACCUGAGAAUGACUUUGAAUCAGUUGCUUGUUGAAUUGGAUGGAUUUAAACAAAAUGAUGGAAUUAUUGUGAUUGCUGCAACUAAUUUUCCAGAAUCUUUAGAUAAGGCACUGGUGAGGCCUGGGCGAUUUGACCGCCAUGUUGUUGUUCCUAAUCCAGACGUGGAAGGCCGGAGGCAGAUUAUGGAACUCCAUAUGUCAAAGGUGUUGAAGGCUGAUGAUGUUGAUUUAAUGAUCAUUGCCAGAGGUACUCCUGGAUUCUCUGGUGCUGAUCUUGCAAAUUUAGUCAACAUGGCCGCUGUUAAGGCUGCAAUGGAUGGUGCCAAAGCAGUCACAAUGGCUGAUCUAGAGUAUGCAAAGGACAAGAUCUUGAUGGGAAGUGAGCGAAAAUCAGCUUUUAUUUCAGAUGAGUCACGAAAGUUGACAGCUUUCCAUGAGGGUGGCCAUGCUCUUGUUGCUAUCUAUACUGAUGGGGCUCUUCCAGUUCACAAGGCAACAAUAGUCCCCAGAGGUAAUGCCCUCGGUAUGGUCUCUCAGUUACCUGAAAAGGAUCAAACAAGCAUUUCACGCAAGCAGAUGCUUGCAAGGCUUGAUGUUUGCAUGGGAGGGCGAGUUGCUGAAGAGAUCAUCUUUGGAGAAAAUGAAGUUUCUUCUGGUGCAUCGUCAGAUCUUACACAGGCAACUAAACUUGCAAGUACAAUGGUUACAAAGUACGGCAUGAGUAAGGAAGUUGGACUCGUCACACAUAAUUAUGAUAGCAAUGGUUCAAACAUGAGUACGGAGACUAGGCUCCUGAUUGAGAAAGAAGUGAAAUUAUUGUUGGACAGGGCUUAUAACAAUGCAAAAACUAUCCUCACGACGCACAGCAAAGAACUCCAAGCACUUGCUAACGCGUUGCUUGAACGUGAGACACUUACAGGAAAUGAGAUUAAAGCUCUGCUUGCUCAGUUCAAUUCCCAGCAACAGGAACAACAACAGCACCAGCAGGCAGUUACACCAUCAAGCAGUUCCCAAUCCGACCAGAUGCCUCCAUCAGGCCCAAAUCCGGCAGCUGCUGCUGCAGCGGCUGCAGCCGCCGCAGCUGCUGCGGCGACUGCUGCAGCAAAAUCUAAAGGCAUUGCUCCUGUUGGAUCUUAGCAAAGGAAAAGACUGGUAGACUCUUGCUAAUUAGCCAUUUUCAUUUUUUUUUCUUAUUUUUUAUUUAAACUCUCAGAAGAUUUCCAAGGGAAAAAAAAUAAUUAUUAUCAGGAAGCCACUGGACGUUUGACAGUUUGUAGCAUAAAUUGAGCAUGAAAAGUCUUGUAAUCACUCUUAUAUUUUAUCUUAAUCGGAUUUUAAAUAUAUACUCCAUAAACAAUUAUUAUAGCA